AUGGCGGGGUCCGUGGGUCGCGACCGCGCCUUGGAAGCAACCGCGGAGAGCGCUCAGCUUGUUGCGCAGCCAAACCCCGAGUAUGCGCCUCCGCGUUCCCAAAUGCAGGCUCGUCCUGCUGCGUCGGCGCCCGUGCGCCGUCUUGAGCGCGGGUUGUCUCUUCCGCUGCGCGGGGCGGAUCGUCACGCGUCUCCUGAGCAAUCCCGUGCUCCCCUAGUCGUCGCGUCGAAUGCCUUGCCGGGGCAUCAGGAGCGGGGCCGGUCCUCGCCGCCUCGUGGAUAUCGACCCGCGUCCCCUGCGCGUCGCGCCCCCGAGCCGCAUGACUCUCGGCGGCGAUGGGACGAAUAUCAGCGGGAAAUUCAGCAUCGCGACUGCCGCUACCGCUCUUCUGAGAGGUCGCCGGAGAAGCGCUCCCCGCGGGAGCGGUCCCCUCCGCAGCGGACGCCGCGGCCGUCGCCUCCGCGUCGGGGCCGCGGGGCUCAUGCGGGCCGUUGGGAUUCUCGCCGCCGUGAGCAGUCCCUGCCCCGUCCUCAGUCGGCUGGGUCUGGAGGGCGUCGUGGGCGGCGGAAUGGUUAUGCGCGCGGCGGGGGUAGUCGUGGCCAGGGCUCCACUGCUGACCGCGCGGGGAAUCUGGUGGCGGAUGCAGUGCGGGAGGUGGAAGCGUCGGGGGCAGCGGCUCACAUUCACGUGUCUGUGACCACUGAGCCCCCCACCGCACCUGUUGCGGUUGAAGCCGCUCCGCUGCGCGCUCCGAACUUGCGGGAGUAUCUGCCAGCUGCAGCGGCGAGGGGGCCGUUCCGCGGAUGCCGCCAAGCCCCAGGUUACCCUGCUCCUCAGAAUACGGUUGGCCAGACUCCGGGCCAGGUGGCGAUGUUUCUGCCGCGCGGAGUUCCGACUGCGCCUCUCCCCAGCCGCGCGGGGAGAGAUCCCACGCUGAGCAUGUGCCGGAUGUGGAAUUUGGCGGGGGCGGCCGAGGGGCUGGCGAGCCUGCAGCUGGCGGCGUGUGAGGCCAUGGGUCACACACCGAGCAGUUUUUCUCUAGGGCCCCAAGGACAGUGCGUCGCUUGGGCAGGAGAGAUUGUCCCCCUUUUAUCGCCCGUGUCGGAUGCGCCCGCCGGGCUGUGGGAGAGAUUUCUUAAGUCCACUCGUGCGGACUUUGCAGGACUGCAGAGGCACGUGGUGGACGUGAGCUUGCAGAUGGAGCAGUUGCGGGAGGAGAACCAGAGGCUCAGGGAGGCGCUGCAGCAACAGCAGGUACAGGGGGCAGAGGGGGGCACGCUAGAGGUCUUGGAGGUGUGGGAGGGUAUGGGGGAGGAGGAGGAGGCGCAGGGGAGGGAGGAGGUGCAGCGAGAGCUCUGGGAGGAGAACAAGCAACUACAGGCUUCUCAUGCUUCUGAAGCCUGCGCGGAUUCUGAGGCACCUCAAGAAGCACCGCUGGGAGGGAGCAGCGACCUCAAUCCUUCUGAAGCUUCAGAGGCUUUUCAGCCUUCAGAGGCUUCUGCGACUUCAGCGGCUUCGGAGGCCUUAAAUGUGGGUCAAAGGACACUGGUGGAGGAGAGGGUGGAGGAGAGGGAGAGGGCUGUGAGGGCGGCUCAGAGCACUUUGGACGCUCUCUCCUGUGAGCUGGCAGCAGCGCAGUCCCAGUUGUCAGCAGCGCAGCAGCAGGCGCAGUUGGAGAGAGAGGGGCGGCAGAGGCUGGCAGGGGAGCUGGCUUCCAUGCAGGCGCUGCUGCUGCAGCAGAUGCAGAUGGGACAGUGGGCCAAGGGGCAGUGGGCCAAGGGGCAGUGGGCCAAGGGGCAGUGGGCCAAGGGGCAGUGGGCCAAGGGGCAGUGGGCCAAGGGGCAGUGGGCCAAGGGGCAGUGGGCCAAGGGGCAGUGGGCCAAGGGGCAGUGGGCCAAGGGGCAGUGGGCCAAGGGCCAGUGGGCCAAGGGGCAGUGGGCCAAGGGGCAGUGGGCCAAGGGGCAGUGGGCCAAGGGGCAGUGGGCCAAGGGGCAGUGGGCCAAGGGGCAGUGGGCCAAGGGGCAGUGGGCCAAGGGGCAGUGGGCCAAGGGGCAGUGGGCCAAGGGGCAGUGGGCCAAGGGGCAGUGGGCCAAGGGGCAGUGGGCCAAGGGGCAGUGGGCCAAGGGGCAGUGGGCCAAGGGGCAGUGGGCCAAGGGGCAGUGGGCCAAGGGGCAGUGGGCCAAGGGGCAGUGGGCCAAGGGGCAGUGGGCCAAGGGGCAGUGGGCCAAGGGGCAGUGGGCCAAGGGGCAGUGGGCCAAGGGGCAGUGGGCCAAGGGGCAGUGGGCCAAGGGGCAGUGGGCCAAGGGGCAGUGGGCCAAGGGGCAGUGGGCCAAGGGGCAGUGGGCCAAGGGGCAGUGGGCCAAGGGGCAGUGGGCCAAGGGGCAGUGGGCCAAGGGGCAGUGGGCCAAGGGGCAGUGGGCCAAGGGGCAGUGGGCCAAGGGGCAGUGGGCCAAGGGGCAGUGGGCCAAGGGGCAGUGGGCCAAGGGGCAGUGGGCCAAGGGGCAGUGGGCCAAGGGGCAGUGGGCCAAGGGGCAGUGGCAGGCAGGGGCCAAGGGGCAGUGGGCCCAGGAGCAGUGGGAUCAGGGGUUGUGGGAUCAGGGGCAGGGGAAUCAGGGACAGGGGAAUUAG